GGAAUUAAGGGAGUAGAAGCAUAUGCAAUGUUGAGCUGCAGGGGGCAGCACUGAGCUCAUAGAGACUAAACCCCACUUUACACCAGCGAAGAAGAAAACGUAAACAGGAAGCAGGAGGAGAGCUGUUGAUAAAGGUCUCCAGCAUGGCGAGCAGACGGGCUCUGAAGGCCGUGCUCAUCGACCUGAGUGGAACUUUACAUAUAGAAGACGCAGCGGUGCCCGGGGCGCAGGAUGCCCUGCACAGGUUACGCCAGGCAUCUGUAGCUGUGAAGUUUGUGACCAACACAACAAAGGAGAGUAAGAAAAACCUCCUGGAGCGACUGCAACGUCUCAACUUUGACCUCCAGGAAAAAGAGAUCUUCACUUCACUGAGUGCAGCGAGGAUUUUGUUAGAGCAGAAACAACACAGACCGCUGCUGCUGGUGGAGGACAGCGCACUGGAAGACUUCACUGGUCUUGACACGUCGGAGCCAAACGCUGUCGUCAUCGGACUCUCUCCCGACCACUUCAACUACCAAACACUCAACAAGGCUUUCAGAAUGAUUCUGAAUGGAGCUCCUCUCAUUGCUAUCCAUAAGGCUCGGUACUACAAACGUGAGGAUGGUUUGGCCCUCGGCCCUGGGCCCUUUGUGACGGGACUUGAGUAUGCGGCAGACUGUAAAGCUACUGUGGUGGGAAAGCCAGAAAAGGCCUUUUUCACACAGGCUCUUUCUGAUUUAGGAUGUAGCCCCACUGAAGCUGUCAUGAUAGGGGAUGAUGCCAGAGAUGAUGUCGGUGGGGCUCAGAAUGCAGGAAUAUUGGGAAUUCUGGUCAGAACCGGAUGCACUCCGACAAUUCCUUGUCCUCCAACCAUUUCACCAUUAGCUAGAUUGUUUAACAGCCAGGAGUAAAGGGACCUGUGUGUAACGUUAUCAAGCAACAAACAGUGAGUACGCUAACGGUUAUCCUUUUCAAAUGACGUCAAAUCUAGCAUGCCUCCCUGAACUACACAGAAUCACCAACAACAUGACUGAAUUCAAGCAAACUCUAUCAUAUAACCUCUUUGGACAAAUAUACAUAUUGAAAACAAGGUACAAAAUGUAACACCUCAGAAAAUGGCAUUUGGGAUUUCAAUACUUUUUAAGACCCUGAGGACACACUGUAUUAUGAUUAUUGUUUUGUAUUAUUAAUUGCAUUCCAAUUUCUCUCCUGUCAGGUAAAUAUAGAGAAGGAGAUGAGAAUAAAAUCAACCCUCCUCCCUACAUGACAUGUGACAGUUUUCCAGAAGCUGUUGAACACAUCCUGAAGAACCUGCUAUAAGAUAGAAGUAACAGCAGAACUCUACAGUUUCUUGCACAAGAAAGCACUCGAGUUGCCGGUUAUCAAUGUUAUAGACUAUUGCUGUUUGUUUGUUAUUAUUGUUGUAACACAUUUGUCAUUAUGUCAUAAUGUAAAUAAACAUAAGUUUGAA